AGGACAUUCAGAAGUCUAGACCGGAAGUACUCAGCGGAAGUACCUCAGAGCGGACAACACGGAAGAGGGGCAGAAAUGGCGGCUGAAGCUGAAAACAAUGUGGAACUUAAGAGAAAAGCUGAAGACACUCCGGAGGGAGAAGCAGACGGAGAGGAGGAUGAGUGGGUCGGACCCAUGCCGAAUGAAGCCUCCAAGUCUAAGAAAAGGAGAGUUCUUGAAUAUGAGCGUGUUUACCUGGACAACCUGCCCUCAGCUGCGAUGUAUGAGCGGAGCUACAUGCACAGAGACGUUAUCACUCAGAUAGUUUGUUCACAGACAGACUUCAUUAUCACGGCCAGCCAGGAUGGCCACGUCAAGUUUUGGAAGAAGAAGGAAGAGGAGGGGAUAGAGUUUGUCAAACACUUUCGAAGCCAUCUCGGUGUGAUAGAAAGCAUUGCAGUCAGUGCCGAAGGAGCUCUCCUCUGUUCUGUUGGUGAUGAUCAGGCCAUGAAAGUAUUUGAUGUUGUCAACUUUGACAUGAUCAAUAUGCUGAAGUUGGGCUUUCAUCCGGGCCAGUCUGAGUGGAUCUACAACCCCGGGGAUGCCAUUUCCACGGUGGCUUGCUCAGAAAAAUCCACAGGGAAGAUCUUUGUCUACGACGGAAGGGGAAGCAACCAGCCCCUCCACGUCUUCGACAAGAUGCACUCCUCGCCGCUCUCCCAAAUCCGCCUGAAUCGCAAAUUUCGAGUCAUCGUCUCUGCUGACAAAGCGGGAAUGCUGGAAUACUGGACUGGCCUUCGAAAUGAAUUCAAGUUCCCUAGGUAUGUGCAAUGGGAAUACAAAACUGACACAGACUUGUAUGAAUUUGCGAAACACAAAACGUAUCCCACCAGCCUGACGUUUUCUCCCGAUGGGAAGAAAAUGGCCACCAUCGCUACUGACAGGAAAGUCCGGAUCUUCCGCUUCCUAACAGGAAAACUGAUGAGAGUGUUUGAUGAAUCAUUAACUAUGUUCACAGAGCUGCAGCAGAUGAGGCAACAGCUGCCUGACAUGGAGUUCGGGAGGCGGAUGGCUGUGGAGAGAGAGCUGGAGAAGGUGGACGGGAUCCGACUGACAAAUAUCAUCUUUGAUGAGACCGGCCACUUUGUGCUCUACGGGACCAUGUUGGGCAUCAAGGUCAUCAACGUGGAAACCAACAGAUGUGUGCGGAUCCUCGGGAAGUUGGAGAACAUCCGUGUGGUCCAGCUGAGUCUGUUCCAGGGCGUUGCGAAGGCCACGCACGUGGCGCCCACUGUGGAGAUGAAGGCAUCCGACAACCCCGCCUUAGACAACGUGGAGCCUGACCCCACCAUAUUCUGCACCGCAUUUAAGAAGAACCGCUUCUACAAUUUCUCAAAGAGAGAACCAGAGGAUACGAAGAGUGCCGACUCGGACAGAGACAUCUUUAACGAGAAGCCCUCGAAGGAAGAGGUGAUGGCCGCCACGCAGGCUGAGGGCCCCAAGAGAGUGUCUGACAGCGCCAUCAUCCACACCACCAUGGGAGACAUCCACAUCAAGCUCUUCCCCGUAGAAUGCCCCAAAACUGUGGAGAACUUCUGUGUCCACAGCAGGAACGGCUACUUCAACAGCCACAUAUUCCACAGAGUCAUCAAGGGUUUUAUGAUUCAAACAGGAGACCCCACAGGCACCGGCAUGGGAGGAGAGAGCAUCUGGGGGGGAGAGUUUGAGGACGAGUUCCACGCCACGCUGAGACACGACCGCCCGUACACGCUGAGUAUGGCCAACGGAGGCCCCGGCACCAACGGCUCACAGUUCUUCGUCACCGUUGUACCAACUCCGUGGCUCGACAACAAGCACACUGUGUUCGGAAGAUGUACGAAGGGCAUGGAGGCCGUCCAGAGGAUCUCCAACGUCAAAGUGAACCCCAAGACAGACAAACCGUACGAAGACAUCAGCAUCAUCAACAUCACCGUAAAGUGAUCGUAUGUCUUUAUCAUGUCCUGUACAGUGAUGUUUUGUUUUUUACCAGAAUGAGUUAUUAAAGAAUGAGACUGUAGUAAGAAUCAUUUGGACAUGAAGAGUUUUCAGUAGAUGCUAAGUUUGUUAGAAAGAAGAAGCUCCCAGCCAAACAAGUCAGGUCAAUUAGUUUAUUUUACAGCAACACAUUAUGAAUAAUUUACAAAAGCCAUCAUCAAGUCCACUGGUAACAAAGGUUUCGAUGCGCGUUGUGCUUCUACGUUUCAAAAACAAAUGGAAAUGUUUUUUCACAAACUAUGUGGAAAGGCUUUUCACACGUGCACUUUUUUUUUUUAUUAGUAUUUUUAUACAUAGAUACAUGUAGUAAACAUUACAUAGCAAUGAAUAAAGAAAGUCAAAUGAUGGGUCCUUAAUAACAA